UUCUUUUGUCUGCUUUGUCAAGUGUCUUCUGCUCUCUCCUCACGCUCUGUCAAUUCCAAUUUGAUUUCAUUAAUCCUAACUGUUCUAGUUGCUGAUGAGCACUUCUUUGGUUUCUAGUGCUUUCGAAAAUGAAAGUGCCACUAGUUUUCCACUUGAGUGUUCAUUUGGUGUUAUUCUGUUGGAUUGUGAAUGGCUCUAUUCAUAAGAAUUUGAAGCACUUUGAUACUCUUCAUGUGUCCCACUUUAGUCAUACUAUUGUGAAACGUGGGGUUAGUUCUAGCUCUCAUCCAUUCAAUCACAUCAAGGAAAUCAAUUUUCGAACUCUUGGAAAAGAUUUCCGCUUGAUAUUAUCUCCACGAAAAGGAGUUCUUCAUUCAAGGUUUGAGGCUGCUACUAUUGAUGGGGAUGGCAAGGAGAAACCUGUCAGCAUUAAUCAUGAAGACUUUUAUGAAGGCAGAUUGUUUGGUGAAACAAAUUCUCAUGUCAGUGCUCACCUGGAGGAUGGAAUCAUGACAGCAUCCAUACAUGUUGGAGAUGAAACAUAUCAUAUUGAGCCGUCUUGGCGGCAUUUGCCGCACUUGGGUAAUGAGUCAAUGAUUGCCUAUCGAGCCUCAGAUAUUCGUUAUAGUUGGCAUAAACCUCAGGAGGGCCCUGAAAAACUUAAACCAACUUGUGGCUAUGUCAAAGAAGGACCAGGUUGGGAUGAGCCAGAUGCAACUGAUAAUAAUGAUGACACAAUGAUGGAGGAAGGGAAAGCUCGGUGGAAACGACAAGCUGAAGCUUAUGAAUUGUCCCCUUCUAAAACACGCUGCCCUCUCCUACUUGUAGCAGAUUACCGUUUCUUUACAGAAAUGGGGGCUGGAAACACAAAAACUACCAUAAAUUAUUUGAUCAGUCUCAUAGACCGAGUGCAUAAGAUAUACAAUGACACUCUUUGGCAAGAUAGAACAGAACAAGAUGGUUUCAAAGGCAUGGGCUUUGUCAUAAAGAAGAUAGUUGUUCACAGUGAACCCACCAGGGUUAGAGGCGGUGAAGCCCACUAUAACAUGGUUCGGGAGAAAUGGGAUGUGCGGAAUCUCCUAGAGCAAUUUUCAACUGAUGUGAAGGAUGCAGGAUUAUUUUGUCUGACGCAUCUUUUCACCCAUCAAACAUUCCGGUCAUCCGGCUCCACUAUCCUUGGCUUGGCAUACAUCGCCUCCCCACGUCCGUAUGGUUUAGGUGGCGUCUGCUCUCACGAGUAUUUCAAGAAUGGCUACACUUUGUACCUGAACUCUGGUUUGAGCUCAUCUCGUAACCACUAUGGACAGAGGGUCAUCACUAGAGAGGCAGAUCUUGUCACAGCUCAUGAAUUUGGUCAUAAUUGGGGAUCAGAACAUGAUCCUGACACUCCAGAUUGUAGUCCAGCAGCUAGCCAAGGGGGCUCAUAUUUGAUGUACACCUACAGUGUUAGUGGCUAUGAUGUCAAUAAUAAGUGCUUUUCACCCUGCUCGUUGAAGUCUAUUCGAAAAGUUCUCCAGGCCAAAUCUGGCCGUUGUUUCUCAGAGCCUGAAGAAUCAUUCUGCGGGAAUCUGCGAGUAGAAGGAGAUGAAGAAUGUGAUGCUGGGCUUCUCGGUACUGAAGAUAAUGACAACUGCUGUGAUAAAAACUGCAGACUUCGUAAAAGUCAAGGCGCUGUUUGCAGUGACAAAAACUCACCAUGCUGCCACAACUGCAAGUUUAUGAACACAGGCCUGAAGUGCAGAGAUGCACAGUAUGCAACUUGUGAACAAGAAUCACGGUGCACUGGGAAUUCCGCAGAUUGCCCUAGAAGUCCUCCCAUGCCGGAUGGUACUAACUGCCUUGAGAGAGGACAGUGCCGCGCUGGAAAAUGCAUUCCGUAUUGUGAGACUCAAGGCCUGCAGAGUUGCAUGUGUGAUAUCAGGAAAGGCGUCAGCAAAAAAAUUCAAAAAGAAGAUCUUGCUAAUGCCUGCAAGCGAUGCUGCAGACAAAAUUUGAAUGAUACCUGCUUUCCAGUGGAACCGCAAGAUACUUUACCCGAUGGCACACCUUGCAUUCAAGGAUUUUGUAACAAGGGAGUCUGCGAAAAAACAGUGCAAGAUGUGGUGGAACGCUUUUGGGACAUUAUUGAAGACAUAAAUAUAAACAAACUGUUGCGAGUUCUAAGAGAUAAUAUUGUUGGUGCAGUAGUUUUGGUAUCAGCAGCUAUAUGGAUACCUGCUAGUUUCAUUGUAAGUUAUGUUGAUAGAAGGAGAAGGAGAGAUGAGCAGAAAUAUCAAGAGUGGAGGUGUACUGACAGUCUGGUGCACCCAUCUGAACCAAGAAGAAUUAUUAACCUGCAGGUACCUUCUCGGCAACGGCUCGUACAACAGCAUUCAAUGUCUCAGUAAAAACAAAGAAGGUGUACUUAUGUGCACAUAAUUGUUGGAUCCAGUUUUAAGGUGCAUUUAUACUUUAUUACUUUGGUUUUUAAAUAAUUUUUUGAGCUCCUUUAACUUGCUCAGAAGGUAUGGUUAAUUUUUUUUCAUUGAUUUAUUUCCCCCCAUAGAUUUACUCUGCAUUAUCCUUUAAUUUCCCUCAUGUGAUGAGGAGGUACUUAAAAUAUUGUGUUGCUGUGAGAGUUAAGACUUAGAGAUGGUUUCGGCUAAACCCUCUUUAAUUGUGCUUUGAAGUUACUGUCAUGACAUUGUCAACCCAUUGUUUAGCAUAAUUGUCACAUGUGCAUUUUAUCCAUAACACAUAAAAUUUUAUUAGUAAUUUGUUUUCUUGUAGACCAACUAGUCACUUUCGUAAAGAUGUUACCCAAUUAAUCAAAGAACAAACAUUAUUGUAAUGCAAGAUGCUCUUUCCGAGACUUAGAUGUGUAAACCAUUUGGGCUGUGAUUAUUAAUUUUAAUUCAUUUCAAUGAAAAACAAUUUAAAAACAAAACUUUCUGCAUUAACAGUAGUGACAACUUCUGAUUAAAAUUUUUAAAAAAUC